ACACUUCCAUGGGUUGCAUUUCCUCAACAACCGAUUUACUUUGGGUGUCUCACUUUUCCACUCACUCACUCACCUUUUUUUUUUUGUUUUUUUCUCUUAUUCUAUUCCUAUCAUUAGUUGUUUAAUGAAGAAAUGAGAGACAGAAUGGAAAGAUUUGUUAUUCUUCCCUUCUCAGUUGGUUGCGUCUCUGAAUCAAGUGUGGCUGUAGCUGUGCAGCAGCCUAGAAGAUCAAAGCCUGCAGACACCAAUCCAACUGCAACAAUUGUACUUCUUGUAGAAGCACAACGAGAGGAAGACGAAGAAAGUUUAUCGAAUGAAAGCAUGAAGUAUUCAUUGAAAUUCCUGCCCCUUCCAAAGCCUGACAUAUCAACUGGGUUUCAUAGGCUGUGCAAGAGUUUCAAGACCUUUUCUCAAUUAUUUGCCUACAAGGAAGACUCGGAGAAAGAAAUGGAAAUAGGAUUCCCAACAGAUGUGAAGCAUGUGACACACAUAGGAUUGGAUGGCUCUGCAUCAAGCAGCCCCAGCAUGGGCAGCUGGGAAAAUCUUUUCUCUCCUCAUGAGCUUUUCACUUUCCCCUCUGUUCCUUCGGGACAGUGUGAACUCCCCAUGGAAAAACAGGCAGCAGCUGCCUCACCUCUUGUUCAAGCCUCUACUUAAUUAGACAAAAAAAAGGCGCCUAAGAGAUCAUGAUUGCUAUGCUGGUGAGACUGGAUUGUCUACACCAGAAUGGAUAAUAGUGGGUGUUGGUGAUGCUAAUAGGUAUAUUUAACUGUCAACAAAAGUUAAAAUUGUAAUGGGGUUCUCUCCCCUUGUUUGUCUUGUAGUUGUUACAAAAACUUCCAUGGUGGAUGUAUAAAAUUUAAGUGCUAAAAAUACAAUUUCAUGGUUUGUAAUUA